AUGCAAUCACUGCGCACAACAAUCCGCCGAGUUCCGCAACAAAUCAAUCGCAUUAGCAAGCCAACAGCCACUCGUACCUUCGCACACACACCAGCAACAAUGUCUCUCUUCCCACGCUUUACUCAGGAGUUCGCUCCCAUCUUCCGCCUAUUCGACGAGUACGAUCGCCAGGCCUUCCGCGACAUCGAUCGCCAAUUCAGCAACAGCGUUCGCUCCUUCACUCCAAAGUUCGAUGUCAGGGAGACAAAAGAGGCCUACGAACUCCACGGAGAAUUGCCCGGUGUCGAACAGAAGAACGUCAACAUCGAGUGGACAGACAACAACACUCUGACCAUCUCCGGCAAGCACGAACAUGUCCGUGAAGAGGGUCAGCGUCCGACCGCAGUCAUCGAAGACGGCGAGGAGCAGAAGAAGAUCGAGUCCUCCAGUUCCAAGGACGACAAGGCUCACCAACCCCGUGUCGAGGACGAGUCCGCAAACCAAGACACUCAGGUCGCCAAGCAGUCCGAGCAGCAAGAAGUCGCGCCCAAGCACAAGUACUGGGUCAGCGAGCGCUCUGUUGGAUCUUUCCACCGCAGCUUCGCCUUCCCUGCGCGCGUGGAUCAAGAUGCCGUCAAGGCUAGCCUCAAGAACGGUAUCCUCAGCAUUGUAGUGCCAAAGGCUACCGCUCCUCAGUCGAGGAAAGUGGCCAUCGAGUAG